ACCCUCCCUCGCAGCCCGCUUGCCCUUCCUCCCUGCCUCCUCUCCCUCCUCCACCCCCUCCCCCCACACUCCUCCCUUCCCUUCCCCCUCUUCUCUCCCCCCCCCCCUUCCUAGGCUUCCACUUUCCAUCACCUCCUCGGGGCCGUCGUCCUUCCGCACCGUCACCUGCCCGCCUAACCCGGCUGUGCGCCCUCCCGCGACCCCACUCCAGCACACCCCUGCCCCUACCUCCCCCACGGGGCGCCCCGCAGCUCCCCUCCCGCUUCCGCGCUCCCCUCCCCCCUGCCGGGCGCCGCUUCCCCGCUCCCGCUCCCUCCGCGUCUUUUCCUCUCCCCUCCCCGCGAAGUUUCAGGGCUGUCAGUCUGUCAGUCUUUCGGGCGGUCGGCACCCGAGCUACAGGCAGCGGGCGCCAUUGCGAGCAGAGCCGGCUGGGGCAGGAGGCCGGGGCGCCUGGGUCCCGCCAGCAGCGGGGACACCCGACCAGCCAGCCCGCCAGCUCCCCGCAGUGACAGCUGGAGGGCCCAGGAGAUGAAGUUCCCGACUCCCCACCCUGGUCUUCACUCCCCACCCUCUGCGCAGAGAAUCGAUUGAUUCCUGAAGUCCCCAGGGUCCGUGGCCUGCUCCCCCAGGAGGAGCUACCCUGGGUUGCCAUGAGAGAGACCUUUGAGGCCCUCAGCUCCCUGGGGUUCUCUGUGGGACAGCCUGAGAUGGCCCCCCAAAGUGAGCCUGGGGAAGGGUCCCAUAAUACCCAGGAGCAGAUGUCCCCUCCCAGGGAAGACAGCGUGCUGGGCACAUGCUCAGGGCACGAGGCCCCCAGACCAGAGGAAGGUGCCCAAACUGAAGAAGCUGAAGCUCCCUGCAGAGGAGGCCAGGCAUGUGCACCACAGAAGGCUGAGCCCCCGAGCUCCUGCCCAGGGGACGAGUGGAUGAUUCGCAAGGUGAAGGUGGAGGAGGAGGAUCAGGAGGCAGAAGAGGAGGUCGAAUGGCCCCAACACCUCUCAUUACUCCCCGGCCCUUUCCCCGCGCCGGACUUGGGGCCUCUGGCCGCCGCGUACAAGCUGGAGCCGGGGGCCCCGGGGACACUGGGUGGACUGGCGCUGGUCGGGUGGGCCCCGACCUCGGAGAAGCCCUACGGCUGCGGGGAGUGCGAGCGGCGGUUCCGGGACCAGCUGACCCUGCGGCUGCAUCAGAGGCUGCACCGCGGCGAGGGCCCCUGCGCCUGCCCGGACUGCGGCCGCAGCUUCACGCAGCGCGCGCACAUGCUGCUGCACCAGCGCAGCCACCGCGGCGAGCGGCCUUUCCCCUGCUCCGAGUGCGACAAGCGCUUCAGCAAGAAGGCCCACCUGACCCGCCACCUGCGCACGCACACCGGCGAGCGGCCCUACCCGUGCGCCGAGUGCGGCAAGCGCUUCAGCCAGAAGAUACACCUGGGCUCGCACCAGAAGACGCACACGGGCGAGCGGCCCUACCCCUGCACCGAGUGCGAGAAGCGCUUCCGCAAAAAGACGCACCUGAUCCGCCACCAGCGCAUCCACACCGGCGAGAGGCCCUAUCAGUGCGCGCAGUGCUCGCGCAGCUUCACGCACAAGCAGCACUUGGUGCGGCAUCAGAGGGUGCACGAGGCGGCCGGCCGCGCCCCGCCCUCGCCCGACGCGCCCGCCUCGCCGGGUUCCCCCGCCCCGUCCCCCACCCCGUCCCCUCCCGGACCCAAGCCUUUCUCCUGCUCCGACUGCGGCCUGAGCUUCGGCUGGAAGAAGAACCUCGCCACGCACCAGCGUCUGCACCGCAGCGAGGGGCGCCCCUUUGGCUGCGACGAGUGCGCCCUGGGUACGACCGUGGACCCCGCCGCCGCCGAGCCCUCGGCCUGCGCGCCCGGAGGCACACCGGCGACCCAGGGCGCCCCCGCGGGCGAGCGGUCCUUCUUCUGCCAGGACUGCGGGCGCGGCUUCGCCCACGGGCAGCACCUGGCGCGGCACCAGCGGGUGCACACGGGCGAGCGGCCCUUCGCCUGCCCGCAGUGCGGCCGCCGCUUCGGCUCGAGGCCCAAUAUGGUCGCCCACUCCCGCGCCCACAGCGGCGCCAGGCCUUUCGCCUGCGCGCAGUGCGGCCGCCGCUUCAGCCGCAAGUCGCACCUGGGCCGCCACCAGGCGGUGCACACGGGCAGCCGGCCCCACGCCUGCGCCGUCUGCGCCCGCAGCUUCAGCUCCAAGACCAACCUGGUGCGCCACCAGGCCAUCCACACGGGCUCCCGCCCCUUCUCCUGCCCGCAGUGCGGCAAGAGCUUCAGCCGCAAGACCCACCUGGUGCGGCACCAGCGCAUCCACGGCGAAGCCGCCCACCCGGCCUCCGACGCCGACCUCUCGGCCCCAGCCUGGCCCACUCCCACAGAGGUGGCAGCGCCCCCGCUCUUCUUCUGAGCCUGGUUCUCGUCGGGACCCUUCCUUGGCUCGCUGGUUGGAGAGACCCAGGCCGGAGAUCUUCUGGGCAGUGAGCACGACGGCCUGGGCCCCUGACGGCUGCUCUUCCCUCCGUCUCUUGCUGGAGAGAAGUUGGGAGAGGGUAACCGGUUUGGACAUUGAGACUAAGACGGUGCUCAUAACGAACCCUUGCCGGGAACAGUUCAGGCCUGAGUCCUGGGAAGACUCCCAGCCACGGACCCCUUCGGAAAGCAGACAUUUCUUGGACACGCCCCUACGCACACACGUGCGCUGCGCGCAUGACCAAGAGCUGACUGGGUCAGGAACCUCUACGGGGGGGGGGGGGCGAAAGAAUGGUUAUCUGUGUACUAAAAGUGUCAUUAAAAUUAAAAUAGAAGGGUCCAGGGCUGUUAAAUGAGCACAGGGUGGGAACCCACCACCCCACCUUAGUUCUCCCACAGAGGACCAUCCCUUCCUAUCCUGGGUGAGCUAAAUUUAGCCAGGUGCUGGUCAUGGGCGGUACCAAAUGAAAAUAUAAUAUCGCUCACUGCUAAACCACUA